UUUGACAUGGGGGAAUUAUGUAUGCUGUCGAUGUCAUUGCACUCAAGCGACAAACACAGCUGCGAUCGAAGACUUUCAGUAAAUAGCUUCCGGAUCACGACGGAAACGGAUAACUAGGCGAAGGUGCAAAUCUUGCCAAAAAUGUCUUCUCAGGGCCUUAAAUUCCUGUUGAUGGGAAUACGGACCGCCGUUGGCCAUGUACACGUCAGUCAUUCAGUUAAUCUGGCAUCAACAUGUACUUCUAUCAUCCAUUUUGCCCCCAAAAGAACUUACUACCUGGACUCUAACUACUCCAGCCAAGGACAGACUCAGGUUCAGCAGGGUAGAGCAGAGCUCAUCUCGCCAAACGUCGGACUUACGCAGAGGAACCUGUCUGCCGUGGCGAGCUCGCUGUUGGGCCAGUGCCGUCCGCUGAGUCGAUACGAUUUCCUGGACCUGGGAGCGGUAGAAGAAAACACACGCAAGGUUCUGGCGAGCAGAAGCCUGCGGCAUUUCAUUGUGGAUCCUGACCUUGCCCGGGUGGUGGCCGGCCACCUAGAAAGAGACUUGGCAGAUGGAAAGGCCGUCAUCUUUGAGUGCAACCCUGGCCCUGGGGUACUUACUCGAGCUCUGCUAAACUCUGGAGCCCAAAGAGUAGUAGCACUGGAGAGUAAUAAGGGCUUUCUCCCAGAUUUACAGGCUUUGGAAAGCAGUCUGGAUGGACAGAUGGAGGUGGUGCACUGUGACUUCUUCAAGCUGGACCCAAUCGGUCACGGAACCUUGAAACCGCCACUCAUGUACUCGGAAAAGCUCUUCAACGACUUGGGGAUAUCAGAUGUUCCCUGGAAAUCAGAUGUCCCUGUGAAGGUGGUGGGGAUCUUCCCCCAGCGCAACGAGAGGAACAUUCUAUGGAAGCUGAUCUUUGCUCUCUUCGAGCGCGCAUCCGUCUACCACUAUGGCCGUGUGGAGCUGCUCAUGUUCAUGAGUGAGGUGGAGUACAUGAAACUGGUCGCUUUACCAAAAGAGCAGACAAAAUAUAAGCCUUUGGGUGUCCUAUGGCAGAUGGCUUGUGACAUCGAGCUCUUGCACAAGGAACCAUUGUCAUCUUUUGUGGUAUCCAUCAAACGUAGUGGUAAUAGUGUCCACAAGACCAAAGUCCCAAAAGACCACUUGUGCUUGGUGAGGUUGACCCCACGUGAACACCUUUUCACCAGCAACCUCACUCCCACCAAUGGGGCCUCUCUGAUCAUGAUGGUCAAGCAGUGCUUCAGUAAGCGGAAAACCCAACUGGUUGAACAUCUGAAAUUAUGGAGUCCAGAAAAUGGUGAGAAGAUUCUUACUGAACUAGGUCUCCUUGAAGAUGUCCAGACAGGACAAGUCUUCCCAGAAGAAUACAAAGUUCUGUUUGAAAGACUGCAGCAGUCUAAGGAGCUCCCCCAAAACUGGCUCUACAACGAGAACUUAGUGACCAAAUGAUCAACGUAACUUUUGCUUACAAACUUGAUGUUCCUCGCUCCUAAGAAGGAGGCUUGUAGAAAACCAAGAGAACAUCCAGUGUACAGGAGCAACACCAUUAGAAGAAAUCCAUCCCUGAAUGUUACCAUGUUCAUGUUCUUCAGAAUGAUUGUCUCUUGGACAUGCUCUCAAAUAAACUUGUGUUCCUAUUGGACAUUGUUUUUUUCUAAUAAGUUUAUAUAUUUACAUUUAAAUGACUGUCAGCAAGUUCUACUGUUUGCUCAAGUACCCAGCUGCAUAUUUUACUGACCUAAGGUAGCUUACAAAAAAAGAGUGUUUAUUUGUCUGAAAACUGCAGUUUUUUGGUCUACAAUCAGGGGUUCUUAACCUGGUGUCUAUGGAGCUCUUGGGCAUUCAUACCUGGGCUCUAAGCAGGGGUCUGUGAAAUGCAGCCUUGCUUUUGAAAGUAAAAGUAGAAAUACCACCUAAAAAGUUAAUAAAUGAAAAUAUGAAAACAUUAUUACUAUGACAAUUUUAUGUGAAGGACAUCAAUGUUCCAUGCAAUAAAUUGACUGCAAUAUUUUCUCUGUAUUUAUAGAAUUUUUCAGAUAAGGGGUCAAAAAAAGGGUUAUUCAAGGGCCUAGAAAAGGGUGAGAACCUCUGCUCUACAUUGUUCAUCGCUGAGAAUCUCAAAAUUCAU